AUGGUCCGGAUCGGCCAAAGAGAAUUGCAAGCUCUGAACAUUGAUACCAACAACACUCAACUGCCUGCCACUAGUACUACUCAACCGUCAGGCACACGAGUGACAAUGUCCACUGCUGGCAACUCAACAACAAACCGCAACCUGCCUCGAGUCCUACAACCUGAACAUCUUGAAACAAGUCUUGUGUACAUCCUGGAAACUGUCUUUUGCUACAGUGCAGGCAGCAUCCUUCAUCUAGCACUUGACUUAUACGGUUGCAAAUGUUACCUCAAGCUUAUUGGCAUGGAUGAUGCUGAUAUUGACGGUCUACAGUAUCCUGUCAGUCAGCCAUGUGACGCCAACGGUGAUCCCCAACCUGAUGUACUUCGGGAUGUGCCAAAACCACUUAAGGCAUAUCUCCAUGAGAUCCGUGGCUACGUCUACCACCAAGAAACUGUGCUUCAGGACCCAGUCACUCUGACUAACUGUGUCCUCAUUGACCCUGAUGAUUUUGCUGAGGAAUUUGAUUGGGGCAUUAAACUUGAUGCUAAUCUCUAUCCAACUUUGUCUGAUGAUAAGCAAUGGGAUAGCUACCGUCAUAAUCUAGAGGCUACUUGUUGUACUCAUGGAUUGAAACAGGUCCUUGAUCCCAAGUACCAGCCCACCAGCCUCAAUGAACAAGAUCUCUUUGACAGACACCAAUCCUUCUUGUAUCGGGUGUUUGUCCGGACUCUCCUCACCGAUCAAGGCAAGAAGAUUGUUAGACGCUACAAUAAGACUUAUGAUGACCAGUCCAUCUACCGGGAUCUAUGCAAGUUUUAUACUCAGUCUAUCAAGGCCACUUCUACUGCUAACACCAAGUUGCAAUGGUUAACAACGCUCAACUCACCGCAGACCAAUGGCCUGGUAGUCAUUUGUCUUUCAUUUUCCAUUGGCUUGAUACCCUCCGCCAGUACCAUGAGGUAG